AUGGAAAUCUUGAAAAAGAAUCCACCAAGGUACAACCCCGAGGCAGGAGAUGAUGAUAUGGUAGUCGUUUGCUUUGCUGACAGAAGUGAUGUCAACCUGUUCUCGCCCAGACCACUUGCUAAUGACCGCGUAGAUGAAGAAGGCAUUGUUGGCAGUGAUAAUGGUAGAGACGAUGAAGUUGAUGAUGAUGAUGAAGAGAGCGAUGGUGGCGAGGAUGAUCGUGGUCAUGGUGAUAGUCAAACCAAUAUGGCUGACAGCAUAGCGUCUACACUAGCCUCAGUUAUGCUCGAGCAAUCUAUUUAG